AUGGCGCCUGCCCAGACGGUACACCACCACCGCUCCACCACCAAGGUUUCCCACAAGCCCUACAAGAGCAAGCAUGCCUCCAAAAGCGCCUUGAAAGAUCAGGCCAAAGGCAAAAUCGAAGGCGAUGAGCGGGGCGGUCGUAAAACACCCCACCAACAGCUCAAGACGAAACUCGAUCGCCGAAACACCGCCCGCCAAAGGCAGGCAUUGAAGCAUCAAGAACGGUCUCAGGCUACUAGUAUUUUUGCCGGCCAGAACGGUGCUCCCCGUCACGUUGCAGUCCUGCCAUUGUCCGCCGAUGUUGAUGUCGCCGCUGCUAUCGCUUCUAUCAACGAAAGUGUGGACAUCCUGACCGAUGCCUCGUCUGAGGGACCUACCCGUGUGCGCAUCGAACGAUUCCGCCAAAGUGUGCAGUAUGUUCCUGCCAAGUACGACUUGAUUAGCGCUCUGGAUGUGUGCCGUAUGGCCGAUUUUGUCGUGUUGGUCAUGUCGUCUGAGGUUGAGGUUGACGAGGAUGGAGAGAUGCUUUUGCGCUCUAUCCAGAGCCAGGGUAUCUCCAAUGUUUUGGCUGUUGUUCAAGGUCUCGACAAAAUCAGCCCUCCCAAGAAACGCCCCCAGGUUGCCGGCUCUCUGAAGUCUUUCAUCAACCACUUCUUCCCUAGCAUUGAGAAGGUUAUGUCUCUCGAUUCCCGCCAGGAAUCUUCCAACGCCAUCCGAUCUAUCUGUACCGCCACCCCCAAGGGUAUCCGCUGGCGUGACGACCGCAGCUGGAUGUUCGUCGAGGAUGUUCAGUUCCCCGAAUCCAGCUUGGAAGUGGUCGACGAUGUUGUCAUUACUGGAGUUGUUCGUGGAAAGGGUCUGAAGGCAGACCGCAUUGUUCACCUCCCUGGCUGGGGUGACUUCCAAAUUGACUCGAUCACAGCUGCGCCACUAGCAACCACAAAGACCAAGCGGGACGACGCCAUGAACGUUGACACCAACGAAACCUCACAGAUUUUGGAUACCCCUACCGCGGACCAGGACGACAUGGCCACUGUUGCCCCCGAGGAAAUCGAGAUGGUUGAUGACGAUAUGGUCUCCAUGGCCGAGACAGAGAAGAAGGGUGUUCUCCUCGACGACUACCACUACUUCUCCGAUGACGAUUCGCACAUCCCCCCAGUUCCCAAGAAACUGCCCAAGGGUACCUCAAAUUACCAAUCUGCUUGGUACCUUGAUGAUGUCUCGGACUCUGGAUCGGAUAUGGAUGACGAUGACGAGCCAAUGGAGAUGGAUACCGCCGGAGCACCCGAAGACGGUGUGUUCCCAGAGCGCCAGGAUGCCAUGACCGAGGGUGCUCCUUCAGAAUACCCACAAUCCGAAAUGUUCCUCGACCCCUCCCCCGAGGACGAGGCCCAGGAAUUAGCCGACUAUCGUGCCAGCCGCAAGACCGAGGCCGAAGAGGACUUGGAGUUCCCCGACGAGAUCGAACUGCACCCCAAUGUCCUUGCCAGAGAGCGCCUUGCUCGUUACCGUGGAUUGAAGAACCUCAAGCUCAGCAACUGGGAAACGUCCGAGGAUCGUCCUUACGAGCCCGAGGACUGGCGCCGCCUCCUGCAAUUUGCUGACCACAGGGGUUCCAAGAACCGCAUCAUCAGAGAAGCCCUGAUUGGUGGUGUGAACCCUGGUACACGCGUUGAUGUUCACCUCCGCGCUGUGCCUUCUGUCCUCCGCAACAGCCCCAAGCCCCUGGCGCUCUUCUCUCUCCUUCGCCACGAGCACAAGCAGACUGUGGUCAACGUCAGCAUGACCCUGAACUCCAGCGUGGAGAAGCCUCUCCGGGCUAAGGAGCAACUCAUUGUUCAGUGCGGUGCUCGCCGCAUGGUGGUUAACCCGAUCUUCUCAUCGGCCGAUAACACCCCUAACAAUGUCCACAAGUAUGAUCGAUUCCUUCAUCCUGGUCGCAGCGCCAUUGCCUCCUGGAUUGGACCCAUGACCUGGGGUUCCGUCCCCAUUCUCAUCUUCAAGAGCAAGCAACCCGUGCAGGAGGAUGACGAUGAGGAGAUGGAAACCGAAUCCGAGACUAAGGAGGAGCCGAUUGAUAUGGAUAAAUUGGAGCUCAUCGGUACCGGUACCGUUGUUGCCCCUGACCAGAAGCGCGUGGUCGCCAAGCGUGCUAUCCUCACUGGUCACCCCUACAAGAUCCACAAGAAGGUCGUUACUAUCCGGUACAUGUUCUUCAAUGCCGAGGAUAUCCAAUGGUUCAAGGCCCUCCAACUGUGGACCCGCCGUGGCCGCAGUGGAUACUUCAAGGAGAGCUUGGGUACACACGGUUACUUCAAGGCUACCUUCGAUGCCAAGAUCAAUCCACAAGACUCUGUCGGUGUCAGCUUGUACAAGCGUGUCUUCCCUCGCAAGGCUCGGGCUUUGGAGGCGAUUGCUGCGUAA